AAAAAUAUCGAAAUUUUGCGGCCUUUAUGUCAAGUUUCGCGACAAAAACGCAUGUUCAGCUGAGGCAAAAGCCCUUUUGCAGCAUGAAUGUUUAGUGCCAUUAAAUAUUCAAACACUAGUAACGGACAGUGCUAUAGAAAAAUAAAUAUCAAGUCAUUCCAAUGUAACAUUACUCACACAAUCUAGUAUCAAAUCCCGGGCCUUUAACACAGUUCAGCAUCAGAUAACUAUGUGUCCAUGUGUUGUAAUUCAUUGUAGAGUUAAGGGAAUCGUCCCUUUCGGGGAAUCGCCAUUCCCUACAAAGAUAGGAGAAUUCCCUGUGGAUGUACGAGAAGGAUAUUGCGACUUUGCAAGCAACCAGGAUAAAUUACAAUUGGGACAAAAAAUAGGACCCAUGAAUACCCAGUUUGACUUUGGUACGCUUGGGGGAUUUGUGGACCUCCCUGGAUCAAGGAAAGGUUUCAUAACUUGUGCCCAUGUUGUCUGCCCGAACGAUAUUCUCCAAAAUGGAAAUGUUCAAAACUUUGUCGAAAAUAAUGAAGUGAUGAUAGCUGAUAAAAGCAUUACAACCCAGAGAGAACCUGUUGGGAUGGUGAAAAAAGCUGCUUUCCAAUUUGGAGAAGAAACACAAGUAAGCGUUGACGCAGCCUUGAUCGAAUUAUGUUCGCGAUUUCCAGAGAGCGGCAACUUUGCUAUUGACUGGACACAAGAUAACAAAGAAAAGAUUAGAAAGAUGGGUUUUUCCGAAACAAACGUACCGACAUUCUCUAAUGGCGAAACUACAAGUAUUUCAUCUGAUAAUAUCAGGAAUGAUUUAAUAAAAUGUGGAGCUGCAACAGGUCUAACUCUCGGUCGACUUCGAAGCAUGGAGACACAUGCAUUUAUUGUGAACAAAGACGUUAAGUUCUCGGACAAUGUAUGUAAAUUUUAUCAUCAAAUGGAGGUAAUUCCGCUUGUGUACCCCUCGGAUAAUUUUACCGUGAAAUCCUUCCCUCCCUUCAUUACUCAUGGUGAUUCUGGCUCGUUUGUUUUCAUGAUAGUUCACAACAGUCCUGUGAUUUUGAAAUGUGUGGGUUUAGCAGUCGCCGUGACGUCAUACGGGUCCUGUCUGAUGACGCCCGUAGAUAAAGUCUUAUCCGCUUUAGGAUUACCAAGUGACUGUCUUAUGAAAUUUAAUCCCUCUGAAGCAGCAUUCAAUACUUCAAACGGACAGGGUGGAGUAAGUGAAGAAACAUUGACGCGGCUACUUCAGAGAAUGCAAUCUAAUAUCAGUCAGGAGCUGGCAGCAUUAGAAGAUAACAUAAAUUCCAGGACAGCAGAACUGGCGGGCAGAGUAUCCAUGAUAGAACAGGAAAUGGAGGAACAGAGGAAAGAGAGUAGAAUAUUAUCGUGGUUCAACUCACUGUGUUCAAUAAUGUAA